CAAUCAGCUCAAACUUUUAGAUAAUUAAUUGAUUUCUUGAACCUUUGAUUCAAAAAGCUUUCUCAAUGGGUUGGCAAGAUCUCAUGCUUUCCUUCCUUUUUUCUCAUCCUCGCAUCUUCCGGGCUGGCACUAGCACUGUAUUAUUGCCAUUCUCAUUUUGUAAGCUGAAGGCUAGCCAUGCAUGGAAGCUGCAGUGAAGGGUUGCAGCAGUGAGAAGGAGCAACGGCCGUUAACGCCUCUGUGUUUACUUGUGCGUUUUGGACUGCCCUCCUCUCUUUGUCUACUGUUCUCGGUUCUUUCUUUUAUAUAUAUUUGAUAUCUACCAGUCUGAGAAAUCCUGUACAGAUAAAUUAUGGCCUCCAUUUCUCAGGUUUCUUCUCCGUUUGUGCUAUUUGCUCUCAUUUUAUGUUAUUGUUCAAAUCAUAAUGUAGCGGGUUUUCAUCCAAGAAGAAGAGAAGGUUUCGAGAUAAUUACAGUUGGAGGUGCAGUUGGCCCUGCUCCCUCUCCUGCAUAUCAAGAUUGUCCUCCUCCUACUCCGGAGCCGAUUUGCCCCCCUCCAAAACCCCCUCCACCACCGCCAUCGCCACCUCCACGGCCACGAGCACCACACCCACCAAAGCCAAGACUAACGCCACCUCCACCUCCAAUACCAACCCCCACCCCAACCCCGUACCGCCCGAAUGCAAGACUCCUACGUGCUCGUGAAGUGAUUCAAAGAUUCAGGAGUAGAAUUGUUGAUGAUCCACAACAUAUCACAGAUUCAUGGAACGGGAAAAAUGUUUGCAAAUACAAAGGCUUUGUAUGUGAUACUCGUCCUGACGUAAAACAGGAGGCAGUUGCAGGAGUAGACUUCAAUGGCUAUAAUUUCAACGGCCCCAGAUUUAACCUCUCUGAUUUUCUUGAGAAGUUGGAUGAUUUAGCAAUCUUUCAUGUAAAUUCCAACUUUUUCACCCUUUCAAUCCCGAAAUUUACUUCCAGGAUUUCGUUCUUGUACGAGCUAGAUGUCAGCAACAACAAGCUAUCCGGUGAUUUCCCAAUGGAAGUUCUUAACUGUAAGAAUUUAACCUUCCUGGACCUGCGGUUCAACUCAUUUUCCGGAAAGGUUCCACCGGAAGUGUUCGACCUGGAUCUUGAUGUCCUCUUCAUCAAUAACAACAAGUUCUCGGAAAAUCUUCCUUCAAAUCUUGGCUCCACACCAGCCCUUUAUCUCACUUUCGCCAACAAUGAAUUCACCGGGCCAAUUCCAAGCAGCAUUGGCAAGGCAAAAAACCUGCUAGAAGUGCUUUUCCUGAACAACAAGUUCUCAGGUUGCUUGCCGUAUGAAAUCGGCUUCUUGACAAAUGCCACCGUAUUCGACGUGAGCAGCAAUAUGUUGACCGGCACCAUUCCACGGUCUUUCGGAUGCUUGGCUAGUAUGCAGAACCUCAACCUGGCGAACAACCAGUUUUACGGGACAGUUCCGGCGACUGUCUGCAAACUGCCGCAGCUCGUGAACUUGUCUUUGUCAUAUAACUAUUUUACCUACGUUGGACGUGAAUGCAGGGAGUUGAUUUGGAGAAACAAGCUUGAUAUUCAGAUGAACUGCAUUUGGGAUCUUCCGUUUCAAAGAUCGCCCGAAGAAUGCCGCAAGUUCUUCUCCAAGCCAAGGCUCUGUCCAAACGAGACGUCAUUGAAUUUGAUUCCUUGUUUGAAGAAUGGCUAUUCCAAUCACACUGAUUCUUUGACGUCUGAUAGAAAAUCAACGGUUGGACUUGCACCUGCUCCGUCGCCUCGGACUUAUGCUGCACUUAAACCCCGCCGCCUGUAAUUUGUUAAGCCAGCGUAUCCUGAAGAUGUUCAUGUUUAGGCUUUGCUAUAUAUGUUUUUAUGUAUACAUAUUUCUUUCCCUUUUUCAUAUAUUAUAAGAAUCAAUGUAACUAGGUAAUUUAUAAUCCAAUCAAUCAACCUGUGAUUUCUUUUUGAAA